CCGCUCUAUUCCUCCGGCUCCGUUCACCUCCAUUCACACAGUAAACAGAAGCAUGGAGGCUGCGACUCUCGGGCUGUGAUACCGAACAGCGGGGGGUAAAGACACCGCCGCGUGCGCGCUCCCGUCGCGGAAACCCACAGGAAGCCCGCGCGUCGCUAGCGAACGCCUCGCCGGGUCGGAUCCAGACGUUUUUUCCUCCCCCCCCCCCCGUGGAAGCGAGGAUCGCAGGCGGGCGGCAGAGCGGGUUCAGCCCGCCGCGCCGAGCAUGAAGCGGGCGGCCGCGGUGGCCAGGCACAAUGGCCUCGUCUCCCCGCUGGGGAACAACAACUCCGGGGCUUCGAGCAUCGUCUCGCCGCCGAGAACCGCGAGCCUCUCCGCCGCCGCCGACGCGGGACCCGGCGGCGGGACGGACGGCCUGCUGGACUUCUCCAGAGGCCCCGCCGUCAAAACCGAGCUGGCGUGCAGAUGGGUCGACCGAAGUUCUCCGAGGCAGAUGCUCGGGCGGACGGCGGCGUCCGUCUGCGAGCAAACUUUCGGCUCCAUGCACGAGCUGGUGGACCACGUCACCACCGAGCACGUCGCCGCCGGGUUCGAGUGCCUCAGUCACGUCUGCAUGUGGGACGAGUGCCUGCGCGGCGGGAAGGCGUUCAAAGCCAAAUACAAACUCAUCAACCACAUCCGCGUGCACACCGGGGAGAAGCCCUUCUCCUGCGCCUUUCCCAACUGCGGCAAGAUGUUCGCACGCUCCGAGAACCUGAAGAUCCACACGCGCACGCACACCGGUGAGAAGCCCUUCCAGUGUGAGUUCUGCGAGCGACGCUUCGCCAACAGCAGCGACCGCAAGAAGCACUCGCAGGUCCACACGGCCUCCAAGCCCUACGACUGCAAGGCCCUGGGCUGCACCAAGUCCUACACCCACCCCAGCUCCCUGCGCAAACACAUGAAGGUCCACGUCAAGUCGUCGCCGCCCGCCGACCCCCAGGACGCGUACGACCCCCAUCAGCUGCAGCAACCUCACCCGGCGCUCCUGGAGCCGCUCGACCUCAAGAUCCACCGCCUCUCCCCGUCGCUCGUCAAUGGCAACACUGCGUUUCCUCUCCUGUCCAAUCGCGCGCUGGACAUCGGCCCGGCCGGCGGCGCCGACCACAAGCUGCUCCUGCGGAGCUCGUCCCCCAUGGCGGUGCCCCUGGAUCUCUCUCUGUCGGGCCUGAAGAGCCAGCUGGCCCAGAAGCAGCAGAGCGGGAGGACCCGGCGGAGGAGCCAGCGCUCCGUCAACCCCGCCUUACCUCAGUUGUCUAACAUUAAAGAGUGGUACGUGUGCACCAGGAGCACGGCGCCACACAUUCCUCUGCUUCACCCGGACCACAUCAAGUCCGAACCUAGUGAUGACGACGAGUACGUCACGUAGAGUGGAGCGCUGGCGAGGUUUGGACUUGAAGAACAUACGUUGACAUGGAUGUGGAGUCACAGGACAUUUCCAGAACCAGCGACGUUGUGGUUCAACACCGGGGGGGGGCGGGAGGGGGGGGGCGCCCCCGCUGGGAUGAGGAGGAGGCCGCCAGUCGGCCCCUAGCGGACUCGUCAGUUACCGUGGCCAGAAAGGACCAGAGGAAUUCCAUCUUAACAGCGUCACAAAAAAAGUUGUGUGAAGGGGGGGGUGUAACAUGACGACCUCUACGGAGACACAUUACUGAGCAGUUUAUCUACGUGAAGCCAUUUCAAUUGACCCGGGUGGAAAGCGGUUAAUGCUGAGUCACGAGGCGCUCGUGGGCCGGUCAGCGUGUUUUUAACCAACUAGUUAGUGCAACCUCCGAUACAAACGGCAGCCAAAUGCCUCUGCAAAAGACGGGGUUCCAGAUGUUGUUGGCCGAUCCGAUGAGCACUUUGUUUGAAGCAAACCGAGGCUUGUUUCUCUCCUCCCAGUCCGAUGGCAGUCUGAAGAACCUCCUUUCUUCUGAUCAUCAAGUGUCUCCUUAUCCACUUCAUCCCUAUGGACCUUCUCCACUUCAUCCCUAUGGACCUCUCUAAGUGGGUUAAUCACUUGUAUCUGUUUACACUCCAUGUGCAAUUUAGUGAAGACCCUAUACGUCAUCCAUGUAUUUCUUUAACAUUAAACGGUUUUAAACGAUG